AUGGCUGAGGGGAUUCACUCCACGCCCAACAUGAUGACAAAGGCCAGGAACACACAAGGAGAGAGAGAGGAGAGGAUAGUGGAGAUCUACGCUACCAGUGAGAGCCUCAGAGAUCAACACCAGGACUAUGUGGGGACAGAGGAGUCCUCCAAUACUCUGGGAACAGUAAGGAGUCAGCAGCCAGACCCUGUGAGCCCUCCUAGGUGUCCGAUCAGGGCUGUGGUGGUGCUUCUGGUCCUGCUGUCUGUUGUCCUGCUGGCUGGACUGCUUUGGUUAGCAGUGCAACACAUGACCGUCUCGGAGAAGACCGUAUGCAUGGACAUAGACGUGGAGCUACUUCACCAAAGGCUGAAGAAUGUGACAGAGCAACACAAGACCGUCUUGGAGAAGACCGUGAGCAUGGACAGAGACAUGCAGCAACUUCUCCAAAUGCUGAAGAAUGUGACAGAGCGGAGAGACUCACUGCUUUGUAAACAGGACUGUGCAGGUGUUUGGUAUAAGUUUGGUUGUAAAUGUUACAGUUUUACCGCAUGGAGCGGAUCCUGGAAUAAGAGCAGGGAGUUCUGUGUUGUCCACGGAGCAGAUCUGGUGGUCGUGGACAGUAAAGAGGAGAUGGACUACAUUAACAGAUGGCUCGGCGGUCACAUCUGGCUCGGAGCGACAGAUGAGGCCAGUGAAGGGAUGUGGAGAUGGGUUGAUGGGACCGUCCUGUCAGUGGAUAACCCCUCCUGGAGUGGAGGGAAACCUGAUGGUAACAAGGAGAAGAACUGCUUAAGGAGGGUCUGGGAGCGGCCCAACAUUGAAUGGACAGAUGAGAGCUGUGAAGACAACAGAUAUGGGAUUUGUGAAUACAAUUUAAUGAAAUGAUGGAUGAAAACAUUUCUUUGCCUGACUGAUUUGAUUCUUUGACAAUCUUUUAUAUCUUAAUGCCAACAGACAUUUGUUGUUUUUUCUCAUACUUGUUGAGUUCUGCCAUUCGAUCAGAGCUGUGAUUGGCUGCAAGGUGUUAUCUCCUUAAAAGGAGACGACAUGAAGACUUCCCUGGUCACUGCAGGAGCUGUACAUAGAUGCUGUUCUUGUAACAUUAUUUUUUUAAUGUUUCCACAGUUGCUCUCUGUGUUGGAGGCUGAGGUUAGGCGGUAAAUAGUCAUGACAGUCAUUGGCUGGUUUUCAGUUGCUGCAAACCACACUAGUUCUCUAUCUAGGGCUGCAUUUGCUGCCUUGGCCUUUGUCCCCUCAGCUAAUUAGUUAAUUAUUUUUCCAUAGAAAUGUAUCUCAACUUUGUCACCAUGUAGUGUGAUUACUAUAAAACACUUGUGUAUAAAUUAUCUGUU